AUGAUCGAGGCGAACAUGGAAAAGUUCAAGGUGUGUGAAAAGGAGAUGAAGACGAAGGCCUUCUCAAAGGAGGGUCUGCAGCAGGCGGCGCUUGCCAAGGAUGAGGACCCCAACACGGAAACGAAGAAGUGGAUCGGCAAAUGCUUGACGAAGCUGCGGUCACAGAUCGACGCGCUCGACACUGAAAUCGAGGGCCUCGCGGCCAAGAAGGGCAAGCGGAGCGUCGAGUUUGUGGAUCGCCUGGAGCGACUCAAGGUGCUGGUGAAGAAGCAUCACUAUCACGAGGAGGCGCUCGAACAGAUUCUCCGCAAGCUCGACAACGAGACUGUGGCAAAGGAGGACGUGGACGCUAUCAGGGACGGUGUAGAGUAUUAUAUUGACAGCAACCAGGAGGCCGACUUCUAUGAGGACGAUCAGCUGUAUGAUGAACUGAACCUGGCGCACGGUGCCGGAGGAUCGCUUUCGGCGACGCCCGACACUUCUUCGCCCAACUCGUCCAACACCACUCCGUCGGCUACUCCCCUCUCCUCGUCUCCGCCUACCAGUUCUGGAUUCCCGGCUUCGUUUGCCUCCGCGGUGGCCAGCUCUCUGCCUUCUGGCGGCUUACGAUCGAGUCAAGUCGGACUCAAGAACACGCGAAAGAAAGGCGAGGAAGAUGGCGAAAACGAGGAGUCGGAGGAGGCUCGCGAGGAGACCGCCGCCGUCGAAAGCAAACCGGAGCCGGCACCCGCGGCCAAGCCCGAGCGCCAGGAGACGCCAACACCCGCCGCCGCCAAGGCCGGACCCUCUCACUUGCCCAUCCCCACGCCCACGACUUCUCUCCCCAUUCCCACCCCUGCGCCCGCACAAAAGAAGCUCGCCUCAAGCGCGCCUGUGCCUGAGACCAUGAAGCGAACAGCGCGGGACGUCCUCCUCGGAAGCCAGCCCUCGGCGACCCACCACCAGCCACCUGCGGCGGCCCAGCAGCAGCCACCAUCGCAGCCGCAGCCUCCCGCCGCCCAGCAGCCACCAGCCCAGCCCCAGGUCCAGCAGCCCCUGCUUCACCAGCCCCAGCCUCCGCAGCAGCAACCGGCCGUCUCGCACCAGCAGCCGCCUGCCCUCGUGGCCACGCCCAGCCAGCCGCAGCAGCAGCGGCCAGCCGCCGGCCCCACCGCCGCUUCCCAGGCCGGCCAAGCGAGCCCAACGCCACCGCCGGAGAUGCCCUCGCAGCGAAUGAAGGAAGAAGAGCUUGCGGUGCGCAGCGCAUCGGCGCCGCCUUACCAGCAGCACCCGGCGCACCACAUGCCUCCAUCGAUGAUGCAGCCCAGCGCGGCCUCGCCCCAGCUCCCAUCGCUCAUGCAGCUGUCGCAGCAGCAGAUGGGCCGCCAGCAGUACAUGCAGACGCUCCAGGAGGCUGCCGAGGACAGCAAGAAUUUGGACACGUUCGACAACUCGACCCCCAUCAGCUCGGGCUCCCUCGCCGACCUCUCGGCCGCCAGCGCAUCCCUGGAGAUGGCCGCCGCAGCCGCCGCUCGCGUGGAGGCUGGUCUGUCGACACAAGAAGACGUGUCCCUGGCCGAGCUCGGUCGCGUCCACGGGGUCCACAUGCCAGGCGGCUACCCGCAGCAGGGCAUGCCCCCGCAGCACCCGCAGCAGGGAGCGCAGCAGCAGAGGCAGCACCAGCUGCAGCAGCAGCAGCUCUUCAACCUCAAGAUGCUCGAGACCUCCAUGGAGAACCUGCCGGAGCAGAUGGACUAUGAGAACCGGCCACGACAGUACACGCCGCAGAAUGCCUACCCGACGCCGGCCACCUUCCCGCAGCUGCCGUCGACGGUCUUCGAGAACCCGGCCAUCUUCUCCAAGUUUGACACCGACACCCUGUUCUUCAUCUUCUACUACCAGCAGGGCACCUACCAACAGUAUCUUGCGGCGCGUGAGUUGAAGAAGCAGCUCUGGCGGUACCACAAGAAGUACCUCACGUGGUUCCAGCGACACGAAGAGCCCAAGGAGAUCACCAACGACUACGAGCAGGGGACGUAUGUGUACUUUGACUACGAGACUGGCUGGUGUCAGCGCAAGAAGACGGAAUUCACGUUCGAGUACCGCUACCUCGAGGAGGGCGAGUAG